AUGUCUAGGGUCGCGACAGAGAGAGUAGUGACGCUGCUGCCCGGCAGACAUCCCCCACACGCCCAAAGGCAGAUAUCCCCCACACGCCCUGGGGAGGACAUCACCCACACGCCCGGGGGAGGACAUCACCCACACGCCCGGGGGCAGACAUCCCCCACACGCCCGGAGGCAGAUAUCCCCCACACGCCCUGGGGAGGACAUCACCCACACGCCCGGGGGAGGACAUCCCCCACACGCCCGGGGGCAGACAUCCCCCACACGCCCGGAGGCAGAUAUCCCCCACACGCCCUGGGGAGGACAUCACCCACACGCCCAGGGGAGGACAUCACCCACACGCCCGGGGGAGGACAUCCCCCACACGCCCUGGGGAGGACAUCACCCACACGCCCGGGGGCAGACAUCCCCCACACGCCCGGAGGCAGAUAUCCCCCACACGCCCUGGGGAGGACAUCACCCACACGCCCAGGGGAGGACAUCACCCACACGCCCGGGGGAGGACAUCACCCACACGCCCGGGGGCAGACAUCCCCCACACGCCCGGAGGCAGAUAUCCCCCACACGCCCUGGGGAGGACAUCACCCACACGCCCAGGGGAGGACAUCACCCACACGCCCGGGGGCUGACAUAACCCACACGCCCGGGGGCAGACAUCCCCCACACGCCCUGGGGAGGACAUCACCCCUACGCCCUGGGGAGGACAUCACCCACACGCCCGGGGGAGGACAUCACCCACACGCCCGGGGGCAGACAUCCCCCACACGCCCGGAGGCAGAUAUCCCCCACACGCCCUGGGGAGGACAUCACCCACACGCCCAGGGGAAGACAUCACCCACACGCCCGGGGGCUGACAUCCCCCACACGCCCGGAGGCGGACAUCUCCCACACACCCGGGGGUGGACAUUACCCACACGCCCGGGGGCAUACAUCCCCUACACGCCCGGGGGCAUACAUCCCCUACACGCCCGGGGGCAUACAUCCCCCACACACCCGGGGGCGGACAUCACCCACACGCCCGGGGGCGGACAUCACCCACACACCCGGGGGCGGACUUUCCCUCACGCUCGGAGGCAGACAUCCCCCACACGCCCGGGGGUGGUCAUCCCCCACACGCUCGGAGGCAGACAUCCCCCACACACCCGGGGGCGGACAUACCCCACACACCCGGGGGAGGACAUCACCCACACGCCCGGGGAGGACAUCACCCACACGCCCGGGGGCAUACAUCCCCUACACGCUCGGAGGCAGACAUCCCCCACACACCCGGAGGCGGACAUCUCCCACACACCCGGGGGCGGACAUCACCCACACGCCCGGGGGCAUACAUCCCCUACACGCCCGGGGGCAUACAUCCCCCACACACCCGGGGGCGGACAUCACCCACACGCCCGGGGGCGGACAUCACCCACACGCCCGGGGGCAUACAUACCCUACACGCCCGGGGGCAUACAUCCCCCACACACCCGGGGGCGGACAUCACCCACACACCCGGGGGCGGACAUCUCCCACACACCCGGGGGCAUACAUCCCCCACACACCCGGGGGCAUACAUCCCCCACACACCCGGGGGCAUACAUCCCCCACACACCCGGGGGCGGACAUCCCCCACACGCCCGGGGGCAUACAUCCCCCACACACCCGGGGGCGGACUUUCCCUCACGCUCGGAGGCAGACAUCCCCCACACACCCGGGGGCAUACAUCCCCCACACACCCGGGGGCAUACAUCCCCUACACGCCCGGGGGCAUACAUCCCCCACACACCGGGGGGCGGACAUCUCCCACACACCCGGGGGCAUACAUCCCCCACACGCCCGGGGGCGGACAUCACCCACACGCCCGGGGGCAUACAUCCCCCACACACCCGGGGGCGGACAUCACCCAGACACCCGGGGGCGGACAUCCCCCACACACCCGGGGGCAGACAUCCCCCACACGCCCAGGGCCCGCCGCGUGGAGAGAGCUACUGUUGA